CAGCAGGGCUUCUUUUUCCUUCGGGAUAUCCUUAGGGAUGCUUACAUCCUCCAGAGUUUUCAAUCAAGUCACCCCGAGCAGUGCUACAAGCACCAUGUGUGCCUCACGUAGUGGUGACAGAGUAAAGCUUUGCGAUCUGUCACAGGCAGGGCAGCUGACAUGAUCUGGUGAUCCCUUCUGAUCUCCGGCUCCAUAUCGGCAAGUCAUGUGCCCUAGUGAGUGUGUUUAUUAUUAUUUAAUUUGCUUUCCUAGCAAAUACCAAAAGCACAGCCAUUUUCACACACGUUCUCUCUCACCAGGGAAGGAUAAAAACACCACUAAUGUGUCUUGUGAAGCUGCUUGAAAAUGUGCAGAAGGAGAUGGUUUGAGGGCAGUGGUUUAGUUCUUCAUCAGUUCGCCUUUGCCUCUGUGAGUUUCUUUUUUGCAACAAGCCUCUUGUGAAACGUCCUGACAAGGAAACGAUGAAAAUUUGUCAUCUCCAUGUGCUGUGGGGAAUACCCCAGCUAUGGCUCUGUCUGUACAUCACAUUCAGUUCCGUGCAGACUGCCCGGCACUGUGGGAGCUGCCCUAGCUUCUCCUCCUGCAGGAGGGCUGUACUUGUGGCCGUACCAAGAACGUGGACGGACUCUUGGUGGAGAAGAGCGAUGGUGUGGCAGCGAUAAUGAACCAGCAAGAGAGAGUCAGUCCUGGGACUGCAGCCCCAGCAGAAGGGAGCAGCUGUUCCCGCCUGAGCCCCUGGGUCUUCCUCACUUCUGCCCUUGCCGUCAAAACUGCCCUCAUGACCGUCGGCCUCGGAGCUGUGGCCAGUACAAGACUCUGCCCCAGAAUGCUCCAGGGUGGCACUGCAUCCCCAGUGGAUCUGCAAGCCAAAAGGACAGCUGGAAGUGCUGUCCAGAGGGCUGGAGACCCUUUCAGGAAAGCUGCUAUUACUUCUCGGGUGAUCAGAUGCCCUGGGAUGAGAGCCAGCAGAACUGCAGUGGGAUGGGCUCCCAGCUGGUGGUGAUCAAUACAGAAGCAGAGCAGGCUUUCCUCUAUAAGGAAAUACAGAUGAAAUACCGACAAAAUGGAAUCAAUUUAUACAUCGGUCUGCAGGCACAGGAGGCGGGCCAGUGGCGCUGGGCAGACCAGACUCCCUAUAAUGUAACAGCAGCGUUCUGGAGGUAUGGGGAGCCAAGUGAUAAACAUGAUGAGCCGUGCGUUCUAAUCCAUUACCAGAAAGAUGUUUUCCGGAACUGGAAUGAUGUCCAAUGCACAAUCCACUCUUAUCGGAUCUGUGAAACUGCAGCAGUAACUCUAUGAUGGAGGAAUCCUCAUCCUGAGAUUAGCAGCGAACUGGGAACAACAGAGGGCUGUGUUGGGAGGGGUAGGAGAGCCUUGGAGCCUUUAUCUUCCUUCUGCUGUGUGGGAUGAUGAGACUGGGAGUGAUGUUGCUCUGCACCCAGCAUCCCCUGUGCAUGUGUAUUUCUCAAAGUACCCCUUAAGUGGAAACAAUAAAUGCUAGAGAACUCUG